UAAUUUCUAAAUGAUUUAUAAUAAUUUUCAUCUGAUGGAGGCUACAGUGGAAAUGGAUAAGCAAAGGACACGCUUAAGGAAAAGAGGGCCAGAGGAAAGUGCAAGCGAUGCAGGCAAAGGGACAAGUGAAACGGAAGUUAUUGAGGAACAGAUCUUUAAGGAAUAUGUAGAGAGUUUUGGGAAAGAGAAGGGACAGAUGGAGGUCAGAGGGUGGUAUGAUGAGCUUAAGGAGAUGAGAAAGACUUCAUUGGUGUCUUAUGAGGGAGUUCUAUGGCAUACAGGUUGAAGGAGGGAUAAAGAACUGGAAAUAGAACAAAAUAAUGAUGAAGAAAUUAAGGAACAAAGGUUCCAGAGUAAGCUUUCAAAGAAACCCUCCUAAUUAAAGAAAAAUCAAAAUCAGCUGCUAGUCUGCCAAAAAUUUCUGAAGAAUUAAUCUCUCUAACAAGGCAAGUCACUCUUAUCUUGGAUUAUAAAUAACAGCGAUGUGAACUUUAGGUUUAUUCAAUCGAAAGACCUGACCUCUUUGCUGUUCUCUGAAAGCGAAGCUUAUUCCAAAAUCCAAGACUAUUGCAGUCAUUUAUCCUCAAAAUCCCUGAACAUGACUUAUCGUGUAGAGAUUUUAAAAUCAUCGAACUAUUUAUUUAUCUGAGAGUUCUCAGGCAUUAUAAGAGCUCCUAAUCUAAAAUUUAAACCUUUGAUAAAAACGUUAAAAUUUCUGCUAACUCCAAAACUCAAGCUAUUUGACAUCCAACUACGAGCGAUGGAAGUUCUACUCCAAAAGAGCAAUCCUGACUUUUUCUGUAACGCAAUUUUAUGAACUCUGACUUCUUAAGCUAUAGAAUUGUCAAACCUAGCAUACUUAAUAAACUGCUAUGCACGAGUCAAUUGAGUUCUGUAUCACACAUCUAAACAUCUCUACUGCCCUAAGAGUAACUCUAAA